CAAACCAAAUUAGCUAAUGCAAUUCAAUGGCAUCUGGUAAUUUCUCUCUGGCAAUCCUCUUCUUAUUCUUCUCCCUCUCUCACGCCAUUGAUGAUCAUCACCACCAUUUGCCUCCUGAAAUUCGAGAAGCCUGUAAAGUCUCACAUGAUCCAUCAAAAUGCGAGGCUUCUUUCCAUUAUCACUUUCCUUCAAAUCUCUCAACCCUUCAAAUAAUAUAUUCAGCAUUAGCUCGCUCCUCGCAUAAACUCACCAAGGCCCAGGCCUUGGUGAAGGAUAUACAAAAAGCUUCUGCUGGAAACGUGAAUGUUACCGUUGCCGCGGUAAAUUGUGUGGAGGGACUCGCUUUUUCAGAAUACAGAUUUAAACAGACGGCUAAUGAUGCAUUGCCAAGAGGAGAAAUUAAGGACGCUCGCGCAUGGAUGAGCGCAGCCUUAGGGUAUCAACAUGGCUGCUCCGCGGGUUUACAGAAGGUGAAUGACACCUCACGAGUUAUACAAACUAUAGUGUUAAUGGAGUCAUUGAUUGGGUUUACCAGCAAUACUUUGGGGAUGAUAAUCAAUUUUGAUAUUCAUGGGAAUCAAAUCGGAUCAUGGAGUCCGCCUAAAACUGAACGUCAAGGAUUUUGGGAAGGUGUUACAGGAACCAGAAUGGAUGUGAAGGGAGGAGUGCCAUCGAAUUUGAAGCCGAAUGUGAUGGUUUGCAAGGCAGGAAAUUGUGACUAUAGGACGGUGCAGGAUGCGGUGAAUGCAGCGCCUAACAACUUGGUUUCUGAGAGAUUUGUGAUAUGGAUCAAGGCGGGGUUGUAUGAUGAGAUUGUUAGGGUUCCUAUGGCAAAGAGGAAUUUGGUGUUUUUAGGAGAUGGAAUGGGACAAACUGUUAUUACAGGAUCAUUGAAUGUUGGUAACAUGGCCAACAGUGGCGUCACCACUUUUGAAUCUGCUACUGUCGGAGUACUUGGUGAUGGAUUCAUGGCCAGGGAUCUAACGAUAGAAAACACAGCAGGUGCUGGUGCUCAACAAGCAGUAGCUUUUCGAUCCAGCAGUGAUCGUUCUGUGAUAGAAAAUUGUGAAUUUCUGGGUAACCAAGACACACUUUAUGUCAAUUCUUUGCGCCAAUAUUACAAGUCAUGUCGAAUCCAAGGUAAUGUAGACUUCAUCUUUGGAAACGCGGCUGCCUUCUUCCAAGACUGUGACAUCUUAGUUUCCCCUCGAAUAGUAAAUCCAGAGAAUGGUGAAACCAAUGCUGUCACUGCUCACGGUAGAAUAGAGCCAGGUCAAUCAACUGGUUUCGUCUUCCACAAUUGUUCCAUCAAUGGAACUCCAGAAUAUAUGAAGUUGUAUAACAGUAAUCCUAGUGUACACAAAACUUACCUUGGAAGGCCGUGGAAGGAAUAUUCGAGGACAGUUUUUAUAGAAUGUCAAUUUGGGGAUCUUAUUAAUCCUGAUGGAUGGAUGCCUUGGAGUGGUGAAUUUGCUUUGAAUACACUUUACUAUGGAGAAUUCGGAAAUACUGGAGCUGGAGCUAAUGCAAAAGAACGAGUGCUGUGGAGUAGCCAAAUUCCAGCUCAACAUGUGUAUUCAUACUCUGUUCAGAAUUUCAUUCAAGGCGAUCGAUGGAUUCCUUCAUUUAUAGAGAACACUAUUAACCCAUUAUUUAUUUGACAAUACUAUUUUAUCUGCUGAAUUGCAGAGAAAUCCUCCAUUUAACUCCAAGUUCAACGAAAUCUAUAUAGAUCAUCGAAGGGAGUUUGAGCAUUUUGUCUUGCUACAAGCGUACGUCUAAAAUUGUGAUAAAAACUCAUCUUCUUUUUCAUGAAAUUCGUGAUGCAGCAACAAAAUGUAGCCAUUAAUGUUGCUUAUUUUGUAAUACAUACUCUUUUUCUUUUUUUUUUGCAAUAGAAAGGAUGACGUUGAUUACUUACAAUGUGUUGAUCUUGUUUCAUAGUCACUCAAUUGAUGAUCAAACUAAUUCCCUAAGGUGUUGGAUGUGUAAUAGCCUUAGGCUAGGCGGUCUGUAAUGACUCCGCAGGACAAGUUGGACAACAACAGGCGUAGUACCAGGUACAAACGAGUGCCACAAUACCUGGACCACUACGUGGUCCCAGAUGCAAAAGGGAAACAGACUCUGAUAGCAAAAGAGCAUGAGUAAUAGCUACUAGAGUAGUAUAAGUAGUGGCAGAUUUCACUAAAGAAGGCAUGGAUGAACUUGCUUUUCUUUUAGUUGCUUAGAAUAGAUCUGGAACCUCCCUUUUCUUCCUUUUUCCUUUGUUUUGCUUCUUGUUAUUCCCAGAAGAAGAGGAACAGGUCCCUCUUGUGACCUGCAACAAGUUCAUCUUUAAUACAAAGUUCCUCUUGUUA